CUAAUUUCAUUUAUUUAAGUGCGGUGUAGCAUUUUUCCUAUAGUAGAAGAGUACAUUAUACUUUUUUUAUUAUUAAUUCAAUCUCUGUACAAAAUCAACAACUCACUGAUCCAGAAUGAAAUUUAAAAUUUCCUCCCACAAGGAACCAAAACACACCGGUGUAGUGGUUUGCGUUUGUUGGAAUAAUACAGAGGACGUAUUUUCUUGCGGAGACGAUCAUAAACUAUUAAAGUGGAAUUUAGUUAAUAAUGAAUGCUUGCCGGUAACUACUUUUCCUGAUGAUUUCUAUCCGACUAGCAUGCACUUAUUUCCUAAAACUAGUCUAGGAGGCAGUAAACAUCAACAUGAUGUCAUAUUGAUUUCUACAGCUGAUGGCAAAUUUCAUAUAGUAAAUCACAAUGGACGUAUAGAGAAAUCGGUGCCCGCUCACGAGGGGGCCUGCCUCACAGCAAAGUGGAGUCCAGACGGAGCGGGUCUUCUAACAGCCGGCGAAGAUGGUUUUGUGAAGAUUUGGUCUCGCAACGGUCUCCUUCGUUCAACAUUGGUUCAAUCCGAUGUGCCAUGUUUCGACGCCGUCUGGAGUCCAGACAGUAACGCUAUAUUGCACACAAAAGAAAACUUUCUCGUUAUCAAGCAUUUGAGUUCGAGCAGUAAAAUUGUUAAGUGGAAAGCUCACGAUGGUCUCAUUUUGUGCACGGCUUGGAACGCAAAUAACAAUUUGGUUGUUUCCGGGGCUGAGGAUGGUUUUACUAAGAUUUGGGAUACGUUUGGUCAGCAAAUCUCGGUGAGCGUGAAACAUGACCAGCCAAUCACCAGCGUCAGUUGGUCUCCAGCCGGCGACAUGUUCGUUGCGGGAAGUUUUAAUUUGACACGUUUGUGCAAUGCUAAUGGUUGGUCAUACUGCUUGGAUCGUCCAUCAACCGGCAGUAUAUAUGACAUCGCCUGGUCCAUGGAUGGUACCCAGUUGGCUGCGGCUUGUGCCAAUGGCCAUGUCAUAUUUGCGCAUAUUAUUGACAGAGAAUACACAUGGAAAAACUACUCCUGCACACAAAUUGGUCGAAAGGUCAUUUCUAUCAAAGACAUAGUAUCAGAAGAGAACGACCAGUUGGAUUAUCCAGAUCGAGUUAUACAAAUAGCGUUAGGCUUCAACCAUUUAGUCGUAGCUACGGUCAAACAGUGUUUUAUACACAAACUGAGCUCUUGGAAUACACCAGUGACUUUCGAUCUUAAAGAAGGCACUGUAAGCAUGAUAUUACUGUCCGAAAGAUGCCUGUGCGUUGUAGAAAGAGCUGGAAUUUCAGUUUAUAGUUACAUGGGCAGGUUGUUGGCAAGUCCUCGUUGUGGUGGUAGACCCGAGACUCUUGGCAAAUCCUCUGUGUCUUUAGGACCCGAUACAUUGGCUGUCGUUGAUCAAACCGAUCGCAAAUUGAUUCACGUUUUCGAUCUUCCAACCGGUCUCAUUGUGCGUAGUUCAACAGACAGCACGGUAACCAAACUCAACCACAAAAUGACAGUGUCAACUAUUGCUCUGAGUCAGACAGGACCAAUUAACGACAGACAAAUGGCUCUUUUGGACUACAAUAAAGACCUAUACGUAGUCUCCGUGAAAGAUGUUAAGCCGAAGUUCGUUAAAUUAGGAUCUCAAGUACUAAGCGUCGUUUGGAGCUCAGAGACAGAAUUGCUAGUUGGACUACGCGCCAACGCCAUUGUGGCUUGGUGCUGCCCUAGGGCUGUCCAAUUAGACUGGCUGGUUCUUACUACUGUCAGUAAGGAAGUCACGGAUCUGGGACGCAACCCGUGUAUCCUAAGCGAAGAAGAUGGCAUCGUUCGUAUAUGUAAGGGUAAUGGCUCGGUUGUUCACAUAUCAAUCGCAGCUUUCCAAGAGAAAUUACUGAAGUAUGUGUCAACGAACAUGUGGCAGGCUGCUCUACAGCUCUGUCGCACUGUUGAAGACGAAACGUUAUGGGCAUGUCUCGCGGUGCUGGCAUGGCAACACCAUCAGCUGCCGGUGGCAGAAGAGGCCUUUGCUCUGAUACGCCAAUACCAUCAAGUUUGCUAUAUCCAGCAUUUAAGGAGCAAUGUACCAGAAAAGCUGAGUGCAAGUUAACGAAACAAUUUUUUUAGUAAUAAUUAUAAAUUAUGAAGCAACGAGAUCGUUCUUUAAAUAUUACUUUUAUAAAGAAUAAAUG